ACCCAAUUCAAAUUCCUUGAGCAAAAAGCAUCUGAGAUAUAGCUCCAAAGCCGAAAUAUAAUCCAGACUUUGCUUCUCCUCCAAAUCACGACUCCGCGACGGCGGUACACGACCUACCUCCUCCCGCCUUACCUCCAUUAACGAAGACUCCCGUCGGUGAAGGAAGCUUCUUCGACAGCUAAUCCGAAAUAUUCCCAAAUGAUGGCUGCAUUUUGCACAUGAAAUGUGAGUAUUUAGGGAAAAAAAACAGGACAUGGGAACUCGGAGUGGUUUGUGGAAUUUUGCCAACAAGUUUUUCACAUCUGGGAUUAUAGGUGUAUAUGUUUCGGAUCGAUUUGCGAGUGUUGCUCUGGUGCGGGGUUCCUCUAUGUCGCCUACGUUAAACCAUGGAGCGACUUCUUUGAUGGGCUUGCCAACUAAUGACAAUGUUUUGGUCGAGAAACAAUGUCUUCAAAACUACAAGUUCUCGCAUGGUGACGUGGUAGUUUUCCGCUCCCCAAGUAACCACAAGGAGAGUCACAUAAAGAGAAUAACUGCCUUACCUGGUGAGUGGAUUGGAACGCGUCAUUCCUAUGUGGUGAAAAUUACAGAAGGACAUUGUUGGGUUGAGGGAGACAAUUCAUCUUCUAGCCUGGAUUCAAGAUCGUUUGGACCAAUUCCUCUUGGUUUAGUUGAAGGAAGGGUUACCCACAUUUUGUGGCCUCCUCAGAGAAUGGGUGCUGUUGAGAGAAUAACACCGCACGGCACGAUUUCAUCUUCAUAGUUGGACAUUACUCGUGCAUCCCCUCUUUUGAACGGGAGAACGUAUACUUUUCCUUCUGGACCCUUUAUAUUUUGACCACACGUCACGGAGGCACGCUUUCAUUGGAGUGUUAUUAAUCAAGGAAGAUCAAAUGGUGCCCGUUUCAACUUCCGGCCCUCCUCGAGGUUUAGCCAUCAGCUCAUCAAUGUUCUUUGUCUUAGCUCUUGUUUGGUUCUCUACCUAGUUAAUGUCUUGUGCUAAACCUUGUCCGCUGGUCAUCAAGUUAAUAAGAAUAUGUGUUUUGUGAAACCAUCUAUAGGGGAUCGCAUCCAAUUUUUUAUUCAAUAAAAACUUCAUUUAUUUUUCA